CUCCACUGCAGGUCACUCCUCUUUAUUGCUGCUUUUCAAGGUUGACUCCACGGAAACCUUCUUCGAAAGGCCCUCUCUCGCCAGAUGAUUCAUCCCAAAUGUAGGUAGGUAUUUAAGUUCCAACCAUGCAGACUGCCGACGCAUGUAUCCCGAACAUGAGACAGGUUGGUGUUUGAAACCUUUGGCAGCUGGUUCAGAGCCAAGUUGGGUACAUACAGACGCCGUGCAAGCGCAAAUUCCAGUUCAGUAAAAACAACCAAACAGCCAAACAAUCAACCAAACAAACAAAAAAACAUGACCGAAGAUGCCACGAAAGAGGUACCCAAACCGGAAAGUCUGGACUAACUCGUCUCACGGGGCAUUACUCAGCACCGUCGCUCCGCACUGCCGUGCAAGGCAAGGCAUGCUAUCUCAUGGACAGCAGAUAAUAAUAAUCCAGAGCCCAAAGACGAAAGCAGCUUCGGUAAGGCAACUUUUGUAUGUACAGCACGUUGCGUGCCUAGAGCCAAGAUAUAGGGAGGGAAGGCAGUUGCCCACCUUUCAGAUGGUCAUCAUUGCCAAAACGGACUGUCAGAGGCACACAGGCAGACGAUCGUCUGUCGUGGCGUGGCGUAGGCUGCAGGUAGCAGUUUCGGUUUCGUCUGCUCAAAGAGACAGAAAGAGAGAGAGAGGACCGGUAGGUAUUCAUAUGCCUGCUUGUAUGUGGGUUAGUUAUUCUUACGUACGUGCCGUAUUACACGCGGGUGCGGUAGCCUGUAGGGGAUUUGUGUGUGUGAAAAACACCACACCCACAGAUCAGUGUCACUACCUACCCGAACUGCGGCUUGGCAAGCCAAAUCCAACGUCAGCCCUUUCCUUUCCUUUUUUUUUUUUUUCAUUUCGAUGCCCUCUAUCUAGCUUCUGUCUAUCACACACUGCUGUGUAACACUCAGAUUCCGCGACUGGAACAGGAAACUCCCGAAAAAG